AUGCCCGCAGUGAAAGUGUUUAAUAUAUUCGGUGGGCAGAAGCCGACCGAGAAGCGAACGCCGCCACCCCCCGCUAAUAAUUCGGCCCCACAAAAAUUCUACAGGACAUUUUCAGUUGCGCCCGAAAUCUCACCCGAAGUUAAAGGCGGCAAAGUGACCGCGAUUGCUGCCUGCUUAGAAAAGAGAAUAAGUGAGCCUGUGAAAGUUUCUAGUGAUAACAUUCAAGCAAAAAAACUAUCGUCUAAAAACAAUAUUAGUGAAGCUGUGUGUUCUAAGACGGAAAUUGAUUCACAAAACCACGCGUAUGAGAAUGUUCAAUUACAGUCAUCUGACAGUUUGCGACCACAAAGUUUUAAAUUAUUAGAGAAAUCUAAGGGAUACUCUUCUAUUUAUGAAAAUAUAACUAUUUUUAAUAAGCAUACGGAACGUGACGCCAACCUUGAUAACGAUCCGAACUCUGAGUCUAAACUUAAUAAAGCAUUAGAAUCAUUCGAUAAAAUAUUAUCUGAGUUUUCUACAAAUUCUUCUUUUUCGCCAGAAAUCAAUUUAAGUUUUAAUUCAAAUUUUGUUGUACCAAAACUACAAAAGUCAAAAACUUGUAGUAUCAUAGAAUCUCGGUGUAUUCUAAAAAAAACGAAUUCUGAUCCUGAAAACGAAAGAAGAACCCGGAAUUUAUCACGAAAUAAUUCAAUUGAUAAAACUACUAGCUUGUGGAAUCUUGACGACAUGAAAGGGAAAGAGCUAACGAGCCCAUUAAAGCCUUUGUCAUUGGCACCAAAUGAUAAAAUAAACUCUGACAAAUAUGCGACUUACAAAAUUUCUUCUAAGUCUCCAUCACGGCCUAAUUGUAUUAACACCGAAGAUUUAAAGAAACUCGAUGUUAAAACAAGAAUUUUGAAAAAGACCCUAUCAAAUCCACCGUCCACGCCGGUUCCGGUCGUUAACAAAACAAAACUUAGUCCAAAAAAGAAUGAUAAAAAAGGCAUCGAAGUUAAAAAAACUCGAACUAAACUUUGUCCAGAGACCACAAAGUCAGCGUUUGAGAGCAAUUCAAGAACUAGAAUGCAAAAGGCAAAGAGUGUGUGGGAAAUUGGAACUGAAUCAGCGGUGUCGCCGCCUCUGGAAAGGACAAAAUCGUCUACUUCUAUCGCGGGCUCUCCAAGCAAGAUCCCGGUGAUAAGGAGUCAAAUGUCACAAAACAAAUUUAGUAGUACAAGGGCGCUGUUUUCUCCCACUCCAGUUGAUCUAAGCAACUUAGACCAGGCCAGAGAGUGUGCUCAGAAAAAGAAGUUAAACAUCUCACGGAAAAGCGCAGAUAAAACAGAUAUAAUCAAACAAACAAAACAAAAGUCUCAACUGAAUCUUAAAGCUGACGUGAAGCGGUCAACUGAUAAAACCAAGAAAGAUACAAAUGAAUCAAAAAAGACGCCUUCACCGAAACUAUCACUUAAAGAUUAUUCAGAAGAAAUCAACGCAAUACGUGCCAAACUGCAACAGAAGAAAAAUAACAACAAAAGAGACCUUGUGAUAGCGACAAGUGAGAAUAAAAGCAAUGAAAAUAACUAUGAGACUGAUAUUGAUUUAUCUCCAGUAAAGAAUAUUGUAAAAAAAAUUGAAUUUAAAUCUGCCCCGGAACCGAAAAACGAAUCAGCACAAUUUAUUAAUUGCAAAGUGAUUCCCCCGGAACAUAAGGUUUUAUGUGUCGCAAACACUACUUUCCACAACUAUUUGAGCACACUCGUUGGCCGUCAAAUAAGAUGUGUCGAAUCGAAAAAUGACAGUAAAAUAUGUUCUCAGAUAGAGAAACUCCCGCUGAACAAGCAAACAGAGGAAAAAAUUUCAGAUACGCAUUCAGAUUGUAGUGACGACUCAGGACACGUUUCUAAUGAUGCAGUACACGACAGCGACGUUGUGUACGAUACCAUCAGGGAUUUGAGCCCCGUAGGGAACGUGGAUGUGGUGGAUUGUAAAAUGUUUAACCAGCCUAAGCAGUUUAGGACUGAUUUAGCUGAGGACUCAAAUGUUUGUCCUGUGCGACCUAUGAGGCGUGGCGGGCGCUCCAUCGAGGUCGUUAGCGGUACCUGUGCUGGCGCUGACGCUCCGAAAGUGGAAGAACAGGUACGCCAUUACCAUAUCAAUAACAACAAAUUACAGGUGAAUCUCUAA